AAAAGUAAUAAAUGGCUGCAAUUCGCAAGAAAUUAGUCAUUGUUGGGGAUGGUGCUUGUGGUAAAACUUGCUUGUUAAUUGUCUUCUCAAAAGAUCAAUUUCCUGAAGUUUACGUGCCUACAGUUUUUGAAAAUUAUGUUGCUGAUAUUGAAGUAGAUUCUAAGCAGGUUGAAUUAGCAUUAUGGGAUACAGCUGGUCAAGAAGAUUAUGACCGUCUACGUCCUCUUUCUUACCCAGACACUGAUGUAAUAUUAAUGUGCUUUUCAAUUGAUUCACCAGAUAGUUUGGAAAACAUUCCAGAAAAAUGGACACCUGAAGUAAAACACUUUUGUCCAAACGUUCCAAUCAUACUCGUUGGCAACAAGAAAGAUUUACGUAAUGAUUCAAACACAAUUCACGAGCUUGCAAAAAUGAAACAGGAACCAGUGAAGAUUGAACAAGGUCGUGAGAUGGCUGAGAAAAUCAAUGCAUUUAGCUAUUUGGAAUGCUCUGCAAAAUCAAAAGAUGGUGUACGUGAGGUGUUUGAAACUGCAACACGUGCUGCUCUUCAAGUUAAAAAGAAAAAAGGCAAAAAAUGUAAUAUCUUAUAAAAUCUAAAUGUUUAAUUUUAAUGUAAUAAAAAAACUAUUUUUUUAUAAUUUAAAGCUGGCUAGCUUUACGAUAAUAUUUCAUCACGUUCAUUUAAUCAAUUUUAGGUAGCCUUUUUUUAAAAAAAAUUCUUUCAUACCUACUUUAGAAUUUUUAAAAGUAACUUAUUUGAAUUAUUCACUUUUUUUUUUUAAGCAGAGAUCUAUUAUAUGUUGAUUUUUCAUCAGGUUGUUUGUAGAUUAGGAUAAACGAUAUAACUUUUUUUUUAACAAAAAUCAUUAAAUGUAUUAGCUAUAUAAAUUGUGCUACAACUUUUUAUUAUUUCUAAACAUUCAAAUCAAA